CACCGGCGCACGCGUUGAUCUCCCCUCCCCAUCUCCUCCACGCGCGCAUUUCUUCUCUUCCUCGUUCCUCCUCCUAUCGCUCCUCUCCCGGAGUCGCCGGUCUGUCUAGCCUCGUGGCUUCACACCUCCCGCUGCUCGAUCUGUCUCCGUCACCCGUGGGCACGUGGUGCCGUGGUGGUAGUUCGACAAUGGCGAGGAGCACGCGGUCGGCGGCAACGGAGCGCGCGUACCUUCACUUCGCGCCGUCGUCGCACGGCGUGGUGGUUCCCGGCCCGGCCGCCGCUGCCACGGGCGAGGAGUUCGACGAGUCGGACAUCUGGGGCGCGCUCGCCCCGAGCGCCGCGCCGGCCGAGCCGCCGCCGCGGAUGCGCCCGCUCCCCGCGGCGGCCGCGAGGAAGGCGGCGACGAAGCCGGUGCCGGCGGCGCUGGCGCUCGGCGGCCGGGCCGCGCACGGGUCGCUGCCGGUGAACAUCCCGGACUGGUCCAAGAUCCUGGGCGACGAGUACCACCGGGCCCACCACGCCGCGGCCGGGGAUUGGGAGGUCGACGACGGCGACGACGACGACGCCGCCGUCGCCGACGCGGUGAUCCCGCCGCACGAGCUGGCGUGGCGCCGCCGCGCCGCGUCGAUGUCGGCGCACGAGGGCGCCGGGGCCGUCGGCAGGACGCUCAAGGUGCGGGACGCGGUGUGGAAGCGGACCACCGGGUUCCAGGACUGACCGGGACUGGCUUGGCGACGACUUGGACGGCGCCAUUGCGCUGCUACUGCUAGCUGCUUCGCCUUGACGACAGAGGAUUUAGCUUUCGAUCGGGACUAGUUAAUUAAUUACAACAGCUAGUAGUGCAGUUGAUGUGGAUUUUAGUAACUUUUAACAGCGUUUUAGUUACUCUUUGGGGUAAUUCAGCUGGGUUUCUCCCCCGUAGCCUAGGCAUUGAGGAGCUAGAUCAGGGAGAGAGAGAGUGAGGAAUCUUGUAUUUGUAACAUUGUUCAUCGCUGCGUUCCUAGUGGAUCAUCUGUAUUUUCGAAACAGAAUGCAGAACACUAGCAGGUGACACCGUCGUACGUGUAUGACAUUGUUUAACUUUA